UUUGUUUUUCUCAACUCUCAACAAUUCAGUUUCGUCUUCCCCUCCAAAAUAUCCCGAACUUCAUAGAUCUUUUUAAAUUUCUCUUUGGUAUUUCUAAAGCUAUAAUCUCCUUAAUAAUUUACAUUAAUUUAAUUUAAAUAUCUUAUAGCUUUUAAUAUUCAAACUAUACAUUUCCGCCACCACAGACAGCUAUGCCAAACGCCUCAAAUAAAAUCUCAAACAAAACUUCUAUUAAAAAUACUCCAAAAACACCAAAAAGAUGUUCAAUUCCAUUUAAUCAAAAUUUAAUAUAUUUUAUGGGAAUUAUUUUUGUUUUAAUUUUCUUUGUCUGUCAAUGCUCGGCUCAGCCAUUACUUUUGGCUAAUAAUGAUGAUAUUGCCCUUUUUAAGUUUAAAAGAGAACAGUUAGAACAUCAAAUGGUAAGAAAAUUAAAAAUUUUAAGGGACACAAAAUUUAAUUUACGAGGAUAA